GUUCCACCGCCUAAAUGUUUCGGCGCCUGCGCAGAUUGGGGAAAGUUCUGGAAGUCAGCGGAGCUGCCGCCAUUUUGCGGGAAGAGGAGAAGCUCCGACCGCAGUGCUGAGACUUUUACUGCUUUUACUGCUGAGACUCUGGAAAAUAGCCCUGCUUCGCGCCCCCAACACACCCACAGGAACGGAGGAAACCGGGACCCCCCCCCUGCGGGGACCCGGAACUGGUGAUCACUUUUUGGGACUCAGCAUGUGGUGACUUUUGCCCGAACUGAGCUGACAGUGGUUUUUCACUCUCCUUUGUCCUUUAAGCAGUGGGACCUAAGCCCCUGCCCACCUCGUCCUGUCCCUAGGCAACCACUGAUCUGCUUUCUGCCAGUACAGAUCAGCUACGAUGGCAUCCGAUGACUUUGAUAUAGUGAUUGAGGCCAUGCUGGAGGCUCCCUAUAAAAAAGAAGAGGAUGAACAGCAAAGGAUAGAAGUUAACAGAGAUGGCCCCAGCAACACCAGCACCGGCAACAGUGGCAGUGGUACCGGGGGGAGCAGCGCCAGCGGGGAGGCAAGCAAGAAAAAGAGGAGUCAGAGCCCUAGUAAGAGCAGGGAUAGAACGCGCAGUCGCAGUGGAGACCGGGACCGGCACAGGUGGAGAAGCACUCGGAGCCGAAGUCGAGAGUGGCAGCGACGCCACCGCAGCCGGAGCCGGGACCAGCGGCACAGUAGUGAGUCACGCAGUCGGGACUGGCGGCACGAGGAUCGUGUGCGCUACAGGAGCCCACCACUUGCCACUGGGCGUAGGUAUGCACACAGUAAGAGUCCUCAUUUCAGAGAAAAGAGCCCGGUCAGGGAACCAAUUGAUAACCUGAGUCCCGAGGAGCGUGAUGCUCGCACGGUUUUCUGUAUGCAGUUGGCUGCCCGCAUUCGGCCUCGAGACCUAGAGGACUUUUUCUCUGCUGUCGGCAAGGUUCGUGAUGUCCGAAUCAUCUCAGAUCGGAACUCCCGUCGCUCUAAGGGCAUUGCCUACGUAGAAUUCUGUGAGAUCCAGUCUGUGCCACUGGCCAUUGGGCUGACUGGGCAGCGGCUGCUCGGAGUGCCCAUCAUUGUCCAGGCCUCACAGGCUGAGAAAAACCGACUGGCAGCCAUGGCCAACAACCUGCAGAAGGGCAGUGGUGGACCAAUGCGCCUCUAUGUGGGCUCCCUGCACUUCAAUAUCACUGAGGACAUGCUCCGAGGCAUCUUUGAGCCCUUUGGCAAAAUUGAUAAUAUCGUCCUGAUGAAGGAUGCAGAAACAGGCCGUUCUAAAGGUUAUGGUUUCAUUACGUUCUCAGACUCCGAGUGUGCUCGGCGGGCCCUGGAACAGCUGAAUGGCUUUGAGCUUGCUGGUCGACCGAUGAGAGUUGGUCAUGUGACCGAGCGACUGGAUGGUGGCACAGACAUCACUUUUCCAGAUGGGGACCAGGAGCUGGAUCUGGGAUCAGCAGGUGGACGUUUGCAGCUCAUGGCCAAAUUGGCAGAAGGCUCUGGAAUCCAGCUGCCUACUACUACUACUACUACAGCUGCUGCUGCUGCCGCCGCCGCCGCCACCCAGGCUGCUGCCGCCCUGCAGCUGAACGGGGCAGUUCCACUGGGGACCCUGAACCCUGCGGCUCUGACUGCUCUGAGUCCAGCCCUGAACCUUGCCUCGCAGGCAAUUGCCUCCCAGUGCUUCCAGCUUUCCAGCCUCUAUACCCCUCAGACCAUGUAAAUCAGUGGCAUAGUACAUGGCUUCCCCGUGCCUCAGAUCCUGCCACUCCCUUCUCCACGUCUACUCUUCCAUGGCCCCUUCUCUCCAUUUUGUGGACCAAGCCAUCCUGAGGGCAUGGACAUGGACUCUGUGGGAAUUGGAGCCACCCUUAGACUCCAGGAAGAGCUCCUGCCCCGGCCCCAUUGGGAAUGGACUCUGCUGAGCAGAGCCCCUAGUCGAAGAGGACAGAAUCUUCACCUGUACUGAACCCCUGCUUCUCCGUGUAUGUCGUCUCCCGGGAUGACCUUCAUUGCUCUCUCCGGCCAUCUCUUAGUGAUUCCCCGAUUCCUCCCCUGCUGGGAAAGCCAUAGGGCAUUAACUAAGGGAGCUAAUCUCUCUCCUUUUCCUAUACUUUAACCCUAUAAUCUGUUGAGGAAAACUCUUGGAAGACGUCUGGUCCAAGAGGACUUUGGAGUUUGGAAGGUGAACCUUGAAGGUGAUGACUUGCUGCUGCACAGGCCCUGGAAGAUGGCAUGGACACUAACAUUGUGAAGCCUUCCUUAGCCUCAGCUUGGGGCCAGAACUGGUGGGCUCAGCAUCUUGCUGGGAGGUAUGUGGGAGUGAUCUAUCCUGCCAGGCAUUUGGAUGUCUUAGGGGCAUUUGGGAGUUGAGUGAAAGAUGGGGUACUUCUCUCAUUCUAGUAUCUUCCAUCUUCCUUUGUAUAGUUGUCCUUCAUCCCAGGUCUUUCCUUUGCCCGGGGUGGGAGGAUGGAGAGGAGGCUGCUACUCUACUGCUUCCCACGUGCCUCUACCAGGGGCUCAACCCCAGCUGUUAAAGCUGCUCCUGUCCCCAACUGAGCACAUGUGAGCCCUUCUCAAUGGAUUUUAUACCCUUGUGUCUGUGUACAUAAAAUUUAUAUAUAUGUGUGUGUAUGUAUACACAUGCACAAACACAUAAGCUUUGUACAAAAGGCAAGCUCCACUGUUGUGGCGGCUGCUGCCUGUGUGUGUGGUCUCAGUCAGUGUAUCUGUCUGAUGUUAAUAACUUUUCAUGAGCCAAAACUGUGACUGGUUCUAGGGAUAUAAAACAUUUGUAAUACCUUUGUGUUUUUUUCCUUUAAUUUUGUUUUAUCUAACCUUCUUUAGAAAUUAAAAUGGACAAAAGGUACACGCCUA